UGUCCAUCUCAUGAGUCCCGCGCUGACUGGCUUGCGUCACUGCCACUCCAUUUCAGGCUUGUGGCGCGCAGCGGGGCGGCUACCGGCGGGAAGGUGAUCGGCGACGGCGGCGGCGGAAGUGGCCGGCGAGCCCGGUCCCCGCCGACACCAUGCUUCCCUUGUCACUGCUGAAAACAGCUCAGAAUCACCCAAUGUUGGUGGAGCUCAAAAACGGGGAGACAUACAACGGGCACCUGGUGAGCUGUGACAACUGGAUGAACAUCAACUUGCGGGAGGUGAUCUGCACAUCCAGGGAUGGAGACAAAUUCUGGCGGAUGCCUGAGUGCUACAUCCGCGGCAGCACCAUCAAGUACCUGCGCAUCCCUGAUGAGAUCAUCGACAUGGUCAAGGAGGAGGUGGUGGCCAAGGGCCGUGGCCGAGGUGGCCUGCAGCAGCAGAAGCAGCAGAAGGGCCGUGGCAUGGGGGGUGCCGGGCGAGGUGUGUUUGGCGGCCGGGGCCGAGGCGGGAUCCCAGGCACUGGCAGAGGUCAGCCAGAAAAGAAGCCGGGCAGACAGGCAGGCAAACAGUGAGCCACCCUCCGUUCCGCAGAGGCUGAGCUGCCUCUGCCACCACCACCGCCACCGCCACCACCGAGCAUCUGCUCCCACCCCCGAGGCUGCUUUUCUACUCUCCAGUUCAUGAGUCAAUUCAGAACAAAAAGAAGAGGCAGGUGUCGGGGGAGGACCCCUUGCCUGUCAUCUUGUGAGCCUCCUCUUUUUUUUUUUUUUAAGCCAGCAGUUCUACAGUUGGAAAUGUUAUUCUGUGCUUCUGGUUUGGUGAAGUCACAGCCAACUUGAUUCCUGGAAGAUCCUGUGUUUAAUGCAUCCUUAAAGCCCGCGCUCUUGUUUUCAGGGCCGGCAUUUUUCCAAACAGGUUUGUUUUGCAUUUUGUGUUAGACCCCCGUGUGGCGAACAGAUGGGAGGUUUUUCAUUUUAAGCUGUUUGCACUGAGAUUGACAGCCUGGAGAGUUUCCUGAAACACGGACCCUGAAAUUGCCUUUGCAAAACAAAUCCGGACUAAUGGAUGCCUCAGAAGCUGUCCCAGGGUGACGCUGGGCCCUGUCCCUUCGCCUCCUCUCUCCCUCUUUGUGUUACAGAAAUAAAAACAAAUACAACUACAAA